AUGGCAUAUGCUUUGCAUAACAUGCUUUCAUUUCAAUCAAAAAAGAAAAAGAGUGUCCGUGAAGCAACCCAAAGCCUACUGGCUCAACACCUGUGGAAGGAUCCAGAGAAAAAGUCUUCUGCUGGCAUGAAUGGAAUGGGCAAUCCCAUUGGAGCAAGAUGUUUCGAGGUCCCAGGCUACUCCUUCACGGGCAACAAGUGCCCAGAUAACCAACUCAACCGUUUUGUGGAAAUCAUUUCAUUUAACAACAGUGUUGGGGAAAUAGUUUUCUUCAAUCAAAAUGGAGAAAUGGAAACUGGAUUUGAUAUUAUCAACUGGGUAACCUUCCCAAACCUUUCCUUCCUAAGAAUCAAAGUUGGAGACGUACAACCCUUGUCUCUCACAGAGAAAACAUUUACUAUUUCAAAGGAAUCCAUAAUCUGGCCAAAGUGGUUUAAACAGAUGCAGCCUUUUUCUCUCUGCAAUGAUCAUUGUCAUCCAGGUUACAGGAAGGCCAAAAAGGAAGGGAAACCAUUUUGCUGCUAUGACUGCCUUCCUUGUCCAGGAGGGAAGAUUUCUAAUCAGAAAGACAUGGACAACUGCUUUCAGUGUCCACAAGAUCAUUACCCCAAUGAGGAACAAAAUUUAUGCAUUCUAAAAUAUGUAACAUUUUUGUCCUAUGAAGAAACUUUGGGGAUCACCUUCACCAGUUUGAUUAUUAUUUUUUCUAUCAUUACUAUUUUGCUGCUCUGGCUCUUCAUUAAACACAAUGACACCCCUAUUGUGAAAGCCAACAAUGAGAACCUCACCUACAUUCUUCUCAUCACCCUCCUGCUCUCGUUUCUCUGUGCUUUGCUAUUUAUUGGGCAGCCUCAUCAAUGGACAUGUGUCCUUCGUCAAACUGCUUUUGGAGUUGUCUUCUCAGUGGCCAUAUCUUGUGUUUUAACCAAAACUAUCAUUGUGGUUCUGGCUUUUAUGGCCACCAAGCCUGGGACCAAGAUCACCAAAUGGGUGGGGGAAAAACUUGCCAUGUCUGUAGUAUUUGGCUGCUCCUUUGUUCAAGGGAUUAUUUGCAUGGUGUGGCUGAUAACAUCUCCUCCAUUCCCUGAUGCUAAUAUGAGUUCCAUGGCAGAAGAAAUAGUCCUGGAAUGCAAUGAAGGAUCCACCUACAUGUUCUACUGUGUCUUGGGCUACAUGGGUUUCCUUGCCUUUAUUAGCUUCACACUGGCUUUCCUAGCAAGGAAAUUACCUGAUGCUUUCAAUGAAGCAAAAUUUAUCACUUUCAGCAUGUUGGUCUUCUGCAGUGUCUGGUUGUCCUUUGUUCCAACAUACCUGAGCACAAAAGGAAAAUAUAUGGUUGCUGUGGAGAUCUUCUCUAUCAUAGCCUCCAGUGUUGGAAUAUUGAUUUGCAUCUUUUUCCCCAAAUGUUUUGUCAUUGUAUGGAGACCUGAUCUAAAUAAGAAAGAAAAGCUAAACACCAAAAAUCAUUAG